AUGCUCAUUGUUGAAUACAUUGAUGAGAUAUGGACACACAACUCAUUGCUUCCUGAUGAUUCUUAUGACAGAGCUCAAGCCCGGUUUUGGGUUAAAUAUGUGGAUGACAUGGAGGAUAUGUUUGAAGUGAAGAUUUUGCAAAGUGAGAGGUUCCCUCGCUUGAAAUUAUGGUUUACUAAUAUCAAGGAUGUUCCAGUCAUUAAAGAAAACACCCCUGGUCAAGAGAAAUCGGUGGUUUUUUUAAAGCCUUUUCUUGAAAAAAUGUUGGCAAGGAAAUGA